ACAAAAACACACCUAUACCCUGAGACACAUGUCCGUCACAGCAUCCAACUACUCCCAUGCUCUCCCCGGUCUUACUGAAGGCGAGAAAUGACACAUUGAAAGCUUUCUGUCGCCAUUGUGGUGUGUCCCCAACUGGCAACAAAAGUGACUUGGUAGCGGCCCUCUCUACUGGCUUCAUAGCGCCCAACCGUAAGCCAUACAGCGUAUUAUCUAUUGAUAUGGGAAUCCGAAACUUCUCUUUCUGCCGCCUUUUGAUGGAAAAUGGUGCUAAACCUACGAUUGAGGAAUGGCGAAAGAUUGAUGUGGACAGAUACUGCGGAAACUCCACGCCCGUAUACUCCCCGCUGGCAUACUCCCAGAUCGCCUACGACAUAGUCAACCAGAUUGUGUAUAAUUCGGCUUACGCCGUUCCCGAUUUAGUAUUGAUUGAGCGCCAAAGGCUCCGCUCAGGUUCUUCAAAGAACGUUUUUGAGCACGUACUCCGUGUAAUAAUGCUUGAAAACAUGCUCCACGCCAGCAUCUAUGCAGUGAAGAAGCUGGACCCCGCGAGAGAAAAGACGCGUGUGGACUCAUCAUCGCCAGCAGAGAUGGUGCGCUACUGGUGCACCGAGGAGAAGCUUACUGCGACCAAGUCAAAGACCCUUAGAGUCAAUAUGGUUGCCCGGUGGCUCGAGGGAUAUCUACACGGGGAGGAUAUUCCGUUUGAGCUUAACAAAAAGUACCAGCAGAAGGUGGUGAAUGUGGACCCUAAGGUGAAGAAGCUUCGGAGUCAGUCGAAGAAGUUGUACAAAACCAUAAUGAAGGGGGAAGAUUCUGAGAAAGAAGUUGGUACGGGAGAAACCGAAAAGGGCGAUGAUUUGGUAGAUUCUUUGUUGCAUGGAUUAGCGUUUCACCAGUGGCAAUGCAACAGAAGGGAGCUCCAGCGGUUGGUAGAGACGGGUAAGGGGUCUUUGGAAGAAAUGCUCGCUGGGAUGGAUAAAAGGAGGGAACUUAAUUUGCGAUGAUACCUAGUGGGAUAUCAACACGUGUUAUGUGUAUUUCCACGAAACGGUAAUUUUGUGAGUAGACCCUGUGUUGAUUAUACCUGUGGAAACUGGUCCCGUGUGAGCCAUGCAUGAUUCUGUGCCACGUAACAGUUUGAAUAGUUGCUACUGGUAGAUUGGCCAGAAUAGUAUCGGAUCUUAUUUCGACUGUUUACUAGUAUCGGUUUGUUGCUUUCCAUUUUUCAGUCACUACCAAGCUUCAUCAGUACCAAUAUGACCACCGUCCACAGAGAUAUUGUGUGUCAUUAUGAAUCUAUGGAACACAUUAUCUUACGUUUCUAGGUCAUCUUAAAUGAAAAAAUUAAGGGGACUUUGAGAUUUCCGAAAGACCGAGUAGAUUAAUCACUUUUAUUUCGCUUCCAUAUAAAUGGGGUACACCGUACUUCCAAACGCAACAUUGUAUAUAUGCAAUGCCUAUUUCC